AUGUCUGACUACGAAACACUCUUUAAAGAGACCAUCACAGGCCUCAAAGCUGUCAAACCAAUUCCUUACGAUGAUUAUACCAAUAGGCUCCAUAACAAGAUUCGAGCUUGGGCGUUCGACAGUGGUGAAGAUCGAUUACUAUCCUACGUUGAAAGAGCUCCUAACUACCCUCCUGAUGACAAUGAUCCUGAUAGCAAGUAUAUCGAUAUAUUCGCUAUAUACGACUUAUUAAACAAGGCCUCAACUCCCUCGAUCGCUUACGGAAUCGCUUAUGUUGAUGAUAAAUACGAUCCCAAGCAUUUAAAGCAAUACGUUAGCGGUUACAAUUCUGAGGUACGCCUACUUGAGUGUUUUACAAACCUCAUGGGCUUUUGUAUAGGAGAACACAUAAAUCGAGAGCUCGACUCUCAACAGGCGCCUAACAUGGACAAGCUCUUUCAUGACUAUGAGUUCGGAGAACAUUUCAGGGAACUUGUGACCUCGCAAAGUUUCAUUAACAAUGAGAUACGGACAGAUAUGAUUAGAUCCGAUCAUCUUUUCAGCAUCUCGUGGCUCCUGAUUGCAGAUUACAUUUUUGACCGGGAUCACGCAUACCGCGACACACCCGCCUUCUCAGGGACCCAAUUUCUAGACAAAGUAAGUGGGCAAACCUUGAAUAAAUGGUCUUACGGUUUAUGGGAAAACGAAGGCAAAGGAAACCCAGCAAAAAUGGACGAAAUCGUCAAGUUCUGUGGUCGAGUAGCUACAAUUGGACUUUGCCCACCUGAUGCCACCACUCAUUUGCAGCGACCUGCGAGUACCUGGACUGUUACAAAGGAAUUCUACGAGGCACAAAUUCGCUUUAAAGCUUUCGAUGAUGGUGAUUACAAUAGAGAGCUGCAAGAAAGUCUGAAUCGACUACAAGACCAAGAAGAAAUUAUAAACGAGUGGCAUUCCUAUUGUCUUGCCCUAACAAAAUCAUGGGAAAAGCAAAUCCUUCCCUACUGGACCACCGCGAUGCACCGCGCUUUUGUGGCAGGAGAAUAUGAAGCUAUCGCGUCGUGGCAGCUCAAAGCAUGGUUUAAGCAGGAUGAACUUUAUGGAUGGGGAACUGAUUAUCUUCCUGUCACAUCCUUAAACGAAGGUGGAGGUCUAAGGAACAUCAUUUUCCCUGGGACUUCAAUUAGCCUUGCCGAUGGAACAGCACGAUCAAUUGAAGCUUUAUGUUCAGAAGAUAGAGUUCUAGUUAGCAAUGUCUCUAACUCAUCGGUGGCUGCUUUCCAUGGACCUAUCCAGCAGUCUCUCGAAGCAGAUUUAAUUGGUUUUAGUAGAUGGCGAGACACCUUGGGCCCUCAGUUCGCAGGUGUUCCAUACAACGACUGGGCCUCGCGCAUUUGA